AUGAGUUGUCAAGCAUUUACUUCAUCUGACACCUUUGUACCCUUGAAUUCGGACUCUUCUGCUGCUCUGCCACUGAUGAUGCAUCAUAGUGCUGCAGAGUGCUUGCCAGUCUCCAGCCAUGCCACUAAUGUCGUGUCUACAGUCCCAUCUAUUUUGUCUUUGAUCCAAACUCCUAAAUCUUCACAUUUAUGCUUCUCCAUGACGACUUUGGGAAACACACCGGCAGGUCUUCAUUAUUCAGUCCCUUCUUGUCAUUAUGGAAACCAACAGACUACCUAUGGAGUAAUGGCAGGCAUCAAGCCUGCAACUCCAGAGAUGUUAUCAGCAAGUCUCUCCCAGAGUCGAAUUUUACAGACAUGCAGCAUGCCCCAUCCCAAUGUGGUAAAUGGAGUUGGCACUCUACAAAGCAACUUGACUCCUUGCCUUUAUAAAUUCCCUGAACAUGCCCUGAGUGCCAGUUCCUGUGCUCUGAGCCAUGGCUUCACACCCAUGCACCAGACUAUUCUUGGAGACGAUCCAACCGCUACUGACUUCAAGCAGGAAUUCCGUAGAAAACCCAAGUCUGUUGAAGAGCCAAUAGAUAUGGAUUCCCCUGAAAUCAGGGAGCUGGAGAAGUUUGCUAAUGAGUUCAAACUCAGGAGAAUUAAACUGGGCUAUACCCAAACAAAUGUUGGAGAAGCCCUGGCUGCUGUGCAUGGCUCUGAAUUCAGUCAAACUACUAUCUGCCGAUUUGAAAAUUUGCAGCUGAGCUUCAAGAAUGCCUGCAAACUGAAAUCAAUAUUGUCCAAGUGGCUGGAGGAAGCAGAACAAGUAGGAGCUUUGUACAAUGAAAAGGUCGGAGUGAAUGAGCGAAAAAGGAAGCGCAGAACUACCAUAAGCAUUGCUGCAAAAGAAGCUCUAGAGAGACACUUUGGAGAACAAAGUAAACCUUCUUCUCAAGAGAUCAUGAGGAUGGCUGAAGGACUCAAUCUUGAGAAGGAAGUUGUCAGAGUUUGGUUUUGCAAUCGACGACAGAGGGAAAAAAGAGUGAAGACAAGCUUACACCAGAACACCUUUAACGCUAUUAUCAAGGAACAUCAUGAGUGCCGGUAAAGCUUCCUUGUGCAUAGUUACUGAUUGUGGGGGGGGAAGGGUCUCUAGGAUUUUUAAAUUAUUAUUUUUUAAAGAAAUACUUUAUCUGAAAAAUGGAGUGGCAAACCAUUUGAUCCCUUUAAAAAUCAGUAAAUUUCAGCUAUAAAAUACAGUUGUUGCUUUUAGUGGGUUAAAAAGGAUGAAAAUAUUUUUAAGGCACUGUAUGUAUUUGUGGAUGGGAAGCCAUUGCUUAGUCAAAAGUAAUUUAAUAGGUAUGACUUGGUUAUAAAUGUCUGACAAACUGCACCAUAAGUACUUUUCAUGUACUGUGUCUUUCUGUAUUAAUACUGACUGGUUAGUAUUUAUUUUAAAUUUGAAGCUCUGGAACCAAAACCUUUGUAUUAAAUACAAGAAAAGGUUACUUACUGUAGCUUUUGAGAGAAUGUUGACUCUGACUAUUCACAUCUGUGUAAUUUGCCACCCUCCAAUGGCAGUCAUCUUUGAGGACCUUCCAGGAAAGCCAAAACUAUUGGGACCACAAAAAGAGCUGUUUUGCAGCACAAGACAUUGAGAGCCAAGUUGUUUCCUCCCUUAGUGUUUUUUGCACUAAAAAACUGCAACAUCGCCAUGGGGUUAGAACUCUGAAGAACAUAACAAGUGAACAGGUAGUUUAGAUUAGAUAAUAGUGGCAACAUUACUGCAGAACUAGUUACACCAGUCUGUCUUCUUCAGAGUGGCCCCUGCAUAUUCCAUUUUUGGGAAUCUAGCUGGCAAUAUUGAAUGUUGAGGGAUUGUACUUAAAGAGAUCUUCUAAGAACAGGAUUUCCAGAGUGAGGAUGAACUGUAGUUGCUGAAUCAAAGAACACAGGAAACAGCUGUGAAUAUUACUAGGAUGGAGACAUUAUAGAAGCAUGCUGUGACUACAACCUUAAGUGUAGCAGAAUGUAUUUUAAGACACCUCAAGUACUGACAUUUUAGCUAGCGCGUGAUAUAUCCCAAUCCACAGUCUAAUCCGCUUGGACUGGUUCUGAGUGAAAAUUAGUCCCAAAUGCUAAGAAGCAUCUUGCUGCUUUAUAAAUGCCUUAAAUCUAGGUACAUCAAAACUUUAAUUUAUGGUAUACUCGAACUGGGAAUAUGGUGCUUCGCUUUUACUCUGUUGAGAAUGUGCCUUAGAAAAAAAGCCUAGGGAGAUGGUCGUGUCAGGCUUCUCUAUGCAUACAUCUGUUCCUGAUCAGCUCUGCGUGUGGAAUAAGUUAAAUAGGAAGGUGGCAUGCUUACUCUAGAAUAAAAUUGUCCACACAUGGAGAUAUUCAGGAACAGCUUUUGUACUUUGAUUCAUACUUUCUAUUAAUCCAUAUUAGUUUUCAAGUGAAGACAAGCCUGUAUAGCCAUCUUCUGGUCUACAGCCAAAAUGGUGUCAUAACUCCAUCUCCUUGGAGGCAAGGGAGUGUAGGAAACUGAAACAAUGACAACAGCACUUAACAGUAACAGAUAGUCAUGCAAUCUCUUUAACAUGGCUCUCAUUAAUUAGCAUUACAAGAAGUAAUGUUUGUACAUUUCAAGCUUAGUGUUUUCCCAAGACUCAAAUUAAAGGAACAAACAUACAUGGUAAGAUAAAAUUUA